AGCCCCCUGGCGAACGGCCGCCAGGUAAUAUUUCCGUUAAGAAAGGUGAGGAGGAUCGGAUCCGCGGUGGAGACUCUUUACCCUCAUCGGAGACGGAACGGUUACGCGUGAGUCUCAUAAGGCGGAGGCAGGAAGGGGAGAUCGUCGGAGGCGGAGCAGGCGGAGGCAAGGAAGGAAGGGGAGAUAGUCUGAACAGCGCCGCUUCAGUUUGAGUUCCAUAAGUACGAAACAAACUCAGCGCGGACCCGUCCAGCAAGAAAAGUUCAGUGAGCGAAGAUGCUAGUUCUUCCCCUCCUAGGCAGGAUCUCGGUGCGUCGCCAGCGCCCCUGGCGCGUGUGGCAGUCGGAUGACAACAAGAGUCUGGUUGACGGCCUAAAAUACGCGAGUCUUGAAGAAUGCUGCAGAUCUAAUCCGUACCGGCAUUUGGAAGGCUUAGCUGCCGAACGCCAGCUUGUGCUGAAUGGCCUCGAGCUGUACAACGCUCUGCAUCCGGGCAAUGAGUAUGAACUUGCUCCUGGUAAGGUGACCAGGAGCAGCCAACUUGGUGAUGGGUGUUGCUGGAGUCAUGGCAACUUUGUUGCUCGUCGGAAGCACUCUGGCUGCUUCUCUUUCCUGCCGGUUCCACGAACUCUCUUUUUCUUUGAGCACGUCUGUAGAGCUGAUUUCGAAGGAGUUGUCACAUGCAUUCCUUUAGAUGAACCAGUGAUUGAAGCCUACACCUUUCUUGGUUUCCGUCUUCUGUGGGGUACUCGUCGUCUUGGUGGCUGUCUCUCUCUCUCUCUCUCUGCACAUUACCCUCUUAAAUUUCUCUGUUGCCUGAUUUCCUCUGUUAUCUUUUCAGCGGAUUGCGUUUGCAAGACAUGCUACCGUCUCUUCAAUAUUCCACACCCUUGUUUGAAGAGGACAUGUACAUGUGGACAUAGCAGGGUGGAGAAAAUAUGUGAAAUGUGUUAUAAUCGAAGCGGUGUGCUGCAUCCAUUCAGAGGAGAAUUCCAGUUUGGCUAUCACAAAUAGGGUUACCCCUACUGCUCACAUAAUAUGCUAAGCUAGACUUGGUGAGUUGGUGGUGGGGCAGUAUGUGUGUUCGAAUGCUCAAUGUGUAUCAUUCGUCCUUACAUCACUCUUGGCAAUCUUAUGUACUUGAGAACUUUGGCAAUCAUAUAAGUAUGCUGUCUCUUUUUCUUCUUUU